CUUGGUUCAUUCUGAGGCAGCGAGUAGCAUUACAAGGUUCCUUCUAACGCAGAGACCUUUUCUGUGGGUGAAUUCAAGGGGGAAGAAUGACCACCACCAGCAGCCCUCACAAUCCACAGAGCACCGUGGACCUGGGCGCCCAGUACAUCACGCGCACGCCCCACUAUGCCCAAAAGCACCAAAGUUUUUAUGAUGAACUGCUAGCUCAUGGCAUUUUGAAGCCUCUGACCUCUCCUAUUGAAGGCACGGUGAUGAAAGCAGGAGACUGUAACUUUGUGGCACCUCAAGGAGUUUCUUCAAUUAUUAAGCAUUACUUGAAAGAAUCAGGUGCUGCUAUCUGUUUCAGACAAUGUGUGACCCAGAUCAACCUGAGAAAUGACAAGUGGGAAGUCUCCAAGGAAACGGGCUCCCCUGAGCAGUUUGACAUUGUUGUGCUCACGAUGCCGGUUCCUCAGAUUCUGCUGCUUCAAGGUGACAUCGUGAACUUGAUUAGUGAAUGCCAAAGGCAGCAACUGGAGUCUGUGAGCUACUCCUCUCGCUACGCUCUGGGCCUCUUUUAUGAAGCUGGCACGAAGAUUGAUGUCCCUUGGGCCGGGCAGUACAUCACCAGUAAUCCCUGCAUACGCUUCAUCUCCAUUGAUAAUAAGAAACGCAAUAUAGUGUCAUCAGAAAUCGGGCCUUCCCUUGUGAUUCAGACCACUGUCCCCUUUGGAGUUACACACUUGGAACACGGCAUCGAGGAGGUGCAAGAGUUAAUCUUCCAGCAGCUGGAAAACAUUUUGCCAGGUUUGCCUCAGCCAGUUGCUACCAAAUGCCAGAAAUGGAGACAUUCACAGGUUACAAAUGCUGCUGCCAACUCUCCUGGCCAAAUGACUCUUCAUCUGAAACCUCUCCUUGUGUGUGGAGGGGAUGGAUUCACUCAUUCCAAUUUCGAUGGCUGCGUUGCUUCUGCCCUGUGUGUUCUGGAAGCUUUAAAGAACCAUAUUUAGUACCUGUAUUCUUUCUUUUAAUUUUUCAGUUACAGCUGACACCCAAUGUUAUGUUAGUUUUAGUUGGACAACAUAGUGACUAGACAUUUAUAGAACUUGUGAAGUCAUCAUCCCAGUAAGCCUAUUUAGUAUCUGUAUUCUUAUCAUCUACAUGUACUUUAGGUUUUUGUUUUCACAAUUUUCAGUUAUUGAUUGUUUUGUUUUCUGUUUUGUUCAGAGAAAUUGCCGGAAAAUUGUUCUUCACUUGUCAUUUAUUCAUAUGGAGUAAAAAAUCAAUUUUAUAAUGUUGAUAGUUACAACCGAUGCUAGAAUAAAAAUUUCUUGGAUCUUA